GCUUUAUUUUUCCCCUUUUUCCCUCCCUCCAUCUCUCUGUCUCUUGUUUCCUUCGCUCCUCGACGCAGCUCGGUCUUUCCUCCUGUCAUCCUGAAGCGAUGGUGUGAUUAACAGGGCGCUCUGCUUCCUAUAGGAACCUUUUUGCCAAUCGCUGACUCUCUGUCAGAGCUGGGAAUAAAUGGAAGGGAGCACUCCUCUUAGUGUGAAGUAGGAUUUUUGAUUUUCUUUCCUGGACUUUGCAGAGUGGAUUUUCUCAUUUCUACCUGGACACAUUAUUUUUUAACACUCUGGGGAGGGUUUCUUUUCUGCAUGAUAUAAAGAGCUGAAGGAAACAGGUGGCAUUGGUGGGUUUUAAACCCUGCAUGUUGGGGAGAGCUCAGCUCAACCCAACCCCUGCUGAGAUCCAGCAGGAGCAGCCAAGACCUGAAGACGGACAAAUUACACACAUUACACUAACCCAAGGGGUCCAUCGGGUGUGAAAGCUGCACCUGUAUUUCUUCAAUCCGGUAACACCUUCGCACUCGCAGAAGUAGCUGGAUCACAUGUGAGCAGUUUGGGGGAAGGAGGAUUUCCAUCUCGGUGUGAGGGAGGGGAGAGCGUGGUCAUCAGGCGGCCGGUGGUGGAGAAGAUGCCAGCCAUCCUCGUGGCCUCAAAGAUGAAGUCAGGACUCCCCAAACCCAAACCGGUGCACAGCGCCCUGCCCAUCCCCCAGACCCACAGCAGGCCAUCAGCUCUAGCUCUGCCAGUCAAGACCCAGGUCCCUCCACUGGGAAAGCAGGUUGGCUCAGGACCCCCGAGAAGCGUUACGCCGGGGUCAGAGGCUGGAGGAAACCCUCAGAUCUACACGGACUGGGCCAACCACUACCUUGCCAAGUCAGGACACAAGCGACUGAUCAAGGACCUGCAAACAGACGUCACGGACGGAGUGCUGCUGGCUGAGAUCAUCCAGGUCGUAGCCAAUGAGAAGAUCGAUGAUAUCAAUGGCUGUCCCAAGAGCCGCUCUCAGAUGAUUGAGAACAUCGAUGCCUGCCUCAGUUUCCUGGCAGCCAAAGGAGUCAACAUCCAGGGUCUGUCUUCAGAGGAGAUCCGGAAUGGUAAUCUGAAAGCCAUCCUCGGCCUCUUCUUCAGCUUGUCCCGCUACAAACAGCAGCAGCAGCAGGCCCAGCGGCAGAACUCCCAGCCCUCCUCUCUCCCGCCCGUCCCCCACACCCAGAGCACGCAUCCUCCCCUGAGCCAGCAGAGCAGCGCCCCGGCACAGCUCGGCCACUCUCCGCAUGGGACUCCCGCCCUCACAGCCCAGAAAGCAGCACAGGCCGAGAUGCAGUCCAGGGAUGGGUCUCAGAGUAAACUGCUCAGGUUUUCCCUUGGUCAGAAAAAGACCUCUAGACUUCCCGGCCCCUCGGCGAGGGUGUCCACUGCCGGCAGUGACAUCCCUCCAAGAGGCUCGGUCAGUGCUGCUGGGAACAGACGCAGCCAGGGCUUCAGUGACAAGACCAAAGGCAACUCGCACCUGAACAAAGAUUCCUCAGAGGGCAUGACCUCACAGCCUUCGGUGAUGACUGAGCAUGCUCCGUCAUCUGCAGUGACCGUCAGCUCCUCCACCAGCAUCCCCGCUGCUACCUCCGCCCUGCUUCCUCCCCCGUCUUCGUCAUCCUCCUCUUCUUCCACGGCGAUUCCCCAGCCCAACAGCAACGGCAAGCCCUGGAGGAGUAAGUCGAUGAGCUCCAAGCACACUUCCUCUCCUUCUCCAUCCUCCACCAGCACCCCCUCCUCCUCCUCCGCUGCCAUGCAGUCCGCCAGGCAGGAGAAGGACACAUCUGGCAAGGCCGCCCCAGCAAGUGAAGCUCCUCCAAAGGCUGCAGCUCAGAAGUCAAUGCUGGAGAAGCUGAAGCUUUUUAACAGUAAAGGAGGCUCGAAAUCUUCCAGCUCCUCCAAUGGAGUUGGGGCACAGGCGGACAACGCAGCCCCAGCCAGGCAGCUCGGAGCGGGGCAGGUGGAGAGAGCAGAGGCCGGUUCUAACACCGACCCCCUGGAGGAAGAUGAUGGCAACGUCCGGCCUGGAAUGAACGGGACCAGCAACGGGACGGCCUACGGAGCAGCUCCCUCAGCAGGUACUACAGUCUCCGCAACCGCCAGCAGCCCCAAAAUCGCCCUGAGGGGCAUCGCCCAGCGCACUUUCAGCAGAGCUUUGACUGCCAAGAAGAGCUCAGUCAAAGGCAGCGAGAAGGACAAGGACAAGGAGAGAGGGAAGGAGAAGGAGAAAGGAAAGGAGGUGGGGAAACGCACCUCUGUCCCCGACAGGACGGAGGAGCCGAAGGAGGAAGUAGCACCUGUCGCUGUAGACACUGACAGCUCAAACAAAAGGACCUCUAAAAUCACCAGCUUCAUUCCCAAGGGGGGUAAAGUGGCCAAAAAGGAGAGUUCCACCCCUGCACACAGCGGAAUACCAAAGCCAGGAGGCAAAGCCCCGGGAGCCGGGGGCAAAGCCUCCUCAGUGAAGGAGGCGGGGGAGAGGCCCCGGAGCAUGCGGUUAGGAGGAGGUCUCGCCAUGCACCGGGGCCCCCUGGACAGAGACAGAGACAGCAGACACUCCAGCUCCACUUCCAGUCUGGCCUCCACAGAGGGGAAGACCAGCGCCGCCCCGGUGGCAGGAGGAGGAUGUGGAGGAGGCACCACACAGAGCACAGCCAGCAACACCGUCAGCGUGCAGCUACCUCAGACUCAACAGCACCACAGCCACCCCAACACGGCCACCGUCGCACCGUUCAUGUACAGAUCCCAAACAGACGGCGAGGGGACGGCGAACCCCGAGACCGGCUCAGGAGGAACAGGUGGAGACGUUUCCUUCACCAAGACCAGCCAGCUCUCCAUCGAGGACCUUUCAGGUGAAGACCCAGAGACGCGGCGGUUGCGUACUGUCAAAAACAUCGCAGACCUGCGGCAAAACCUGGAGGAGACCAUGUCGAGCUUGAGAGGAACUCAGGUCACACACAGCACCUUGGAAACAACCUUCGAUGGCAGCGUCACCACGGACAUCAGCGGUGGCAGCGGUGGCGGCAGUGGGAGCAACAACAGCGGAAGCAGCCGGAGCAUCCUCAGCCUCACUUCUACCCGCCCUUCCCUGUCGUCAUGGCGACUGGGCCAGUCUAGCCCUCGCCUGCAGGCAGGCGACGCCCCCUCUAUGGGAAACAGUUACGGCAACCGGGGGGUCGGCGGCAGCCAGGGAGGAGGAGGACGUUACCUGUACCCCGGGCACCUGCGGCGGCAGCUCGCCGGCAGGGGAGGAGCCCUCUGCAGCGUGGACCUCGGAGACAGAGCCGGGGAGGACAUCGACCUGGACAGCAUCUCCAUGGAGGUCACUGGAUACAUGAGCGACGGAGACGUGCUGAGCAAGAACGCCGCGCGCCCUGAUGACGUCAACAGCGGCUACAUGACUGACGGAGGUUUGGGUCUGUACACGCGGCGCCUGAACCGCCUCCCCGACAGCAUGGCCGCCGUCCGAGAGACACUGCAUCGAAAUGCGUCGUCAGGACAGGGAGAUGCCGACAGCUGGGAUGACAGCAGCUCCGUGAGCAGCGGCAUCAGCGACAACAUCGACACAGAUGACAUCAACACCAGCUCGUCCAUCUCGUCCUACGCCAACACGCCCGCCGCGCAGCGCAAGGCCCUCAGCACGCAGCCUGUGACGGAUGCAGAGAAGCAUUCGGCCUCCACAGCGGUGCACCAGGCCUGGUCAGGAGACGAGGUGAAGAGGGCAGACGGUGGGUCAGACAGCGGGGUCAGGAUGGAGCCGGGCUCCAAGUGGAGCCGCCGGAACCCCUCCGACAUGUCUGAUGAGUCCGACAAGGGCGGCUCGGGGAGGAAGACCACCUCUGUGUCCCACACGGGGUCAUGGAGGAGAGGCAUGACUGCUCAGGUUGGGGUGACGUCCCCCCGGACUAAAAGCACCAGUAGCACUGGCUCCACGGGAUCCGUCGGGCUCAAGACCCACAGUUCAGGUAAAACAGAUGAUGUCAAGGUGUCAGAAAAGGGUCGUCUCUCACCUCGCGCCAACGGCCUUCACCGCUCGCCCUCAGACGCAGGGCGCAGCAGCGGCGACGAGGCCAAGAAGCAGUCGAUCUCCACCAGCCGCACGGCGACCACAAACGCCCUCACGCACACCGUUUCAGACCCCCACUCCCAAACGCAUACGCUCACCUCGCGCACCCCUACCAGCACCUUCGGCUUCAAGAAGCAGGGCCCCGGGAUGGUGACCAUGGUUACCGCCAGCGGUGCCACCAUCACGAGUGGCUCAGCAACGCUGGGGAAGAUGCCAAAAUCUGGGGCGCGCUCUCUGGCGGGAGGCUUGAAGUCAGGCGGGCAGGAUGGCGGGUCAGUGUUGGGUCACCAUGACGACGGCUUCCUCCCCAUGAGCGCCCGCUCCACGCUGCAGUACCGCAGCCUGCCGAGACCCAGCCGCUCGGGGGCGGCGGCCCGCAACGGAAACCGCUCCUCCACCAGCAGCAUCGAGGCCGCCGUGCUCUCCGUGACGUCCCACGGGAAAAACUCGAUGAGCAUCACCAAGGCCAACGGCGCGGCAGGGAUGAUGGCCAAUCAGACGGACCGGGAGAAGGGCGUCUCCGAGAUCGACAACCUCAGGAGCGGAGUCGCGAUGCAGGGCGGAGGAGCGGCGACUGUUCCUCUGACGGGAAGGCAGCAGGUUUCCUCACCCACACUGCGCAGGUUGUUUGGCGGGAAGCCCAGCAAACAGGCUCCCGUCACCACGGCUGAAAACAUGAAGAACUCCACUGUUAUCUCCAACCCCCAUGCCACCAUGAACCACGUGGCCACGGUGCUGGAGUCCCCCGACGGAGGGCUGGGAGCCAUGGACAGCGAGACCAGCAGCCCCCUGUUUGGAGGCAGAGUGCACGGGACGGGCAUGGGGACGCUGGGCAGCGAGCCGGCCUCCAGUCCUGGCUCGGUCUACUCCUCCACCGGCCCCUCCAACAGCCUGACGUGGGGCACCACCUUCAGCAGCUCCUCCGCCCAGAGCAGGGAGAGCACGCUGGGCGGGCACGGCGGUGCGGGCAGCGUGGGAUACCCCUCCGUCAGCAGCAUGCACACCAGCAGCGAGUCCAUCGACAUGAGCCUGGGCAGCGGCGGCGGACACGGGACCCACAGGGAGGACACCCUGUCCGCUCUGGGCCGCGCCGGCAGCGUCAAGACCGGCAUGUCUGAGAGUCCCCUCUCCUCCCCCUCCGCUAGCCCUAUAUUCAGCCGAAACACGCUACCUCGGAAGCAGGACAGCGGGCCACACUGUGGUAGAAACACUCUGCCUAAGAAGGGACUCAGGUACGGGCCGUCCCCACAGCUGCGAAGCCACGAGGAGGCCCGUGAUUGGCUGCGCUCCCACUCCACCAGCGGGCUGCAGGACUCGGCCAGUAACUCCCCGUUCUCCCCCGGCUCCAGCCUCACUUCCCCCUCCGGCACUCGCUUCAACUUCGGACAGCUCGCAUCCAGUCCGACCUCAGCAGCUCAGAUCAACCUCGCCGGCAUGCGCAACAACAGCCUGACCAAUCAGGACGCCCCCUUUGACCCUUGCAGCGACAACCGACUGAGAAACUCGUGCAUGUCGCUCGACGAGAAGACUCGCACCAUGAGCAGGUCGGGCUCCUUCAGGGACGGCUUCGAGGAAGUUCAUGGAUCCUCUCUGUCUCUGGUCUCCAGCACGUCUUCCAUUUACUCCACGAACGAGGAGAAGUCUCAGUCGGAGAUCCGCAAGCUGCGCAGGGAGCUGGACGCCUCCCAGGAAAAGGUUUCCGCCCUGACGACACAGCUGAGUGCCAAUGCUCACCUGGUCGCUGCAUUCGAACAGAGUCUGGGUAACAUGACCAUCAGGCUGAAGAGUCUCACCUUGACGGCAGAGCAGAAGGACUCUGAGCUGAAUGAACUGAGGAAGACCAUCGAGCUGCUGAAGAAGCAGAACGCUGUCGCUCAGGCUGCCAUCAACGGAGUCAUCAACACACCUGAACUCACGCCUAAAGGCGACAGGACAGCUGGCAGUAACGGCAGUCAGCAACAGCAGCAGCAGCAGCAUCAGAACCAGCAGCCGGACCUCCGCAUCAGGAGGCAGCACUCCUCCGACAGCGUCAGCAGCAUCACCAGCGCGACCAGCCACUCCAGCGUGGGCUCCAACAUGGACGCCGACGCCAAGAACAAGAAGAAGAACAAGAAGAACUGGCUGCGCAGCUCCUUCAAACAAGCGUUCAGCAAGAAGAAAUCUCCCAAGUCGGCCUCGUCUCACUCGGACAUCGAGGAGAUGACGGACUCGUCGCUGCCGUCCUCGCCCAAACUGCCUCACAACGGCACCGGAGCCUCCAGCCACAUGCUCAGGAACACACACUCCAACUCGCUAUUGUCUGAGUGUUUGGACAGCGAGGCGGAGACGGUGAUGCAGCUGCGCAGCGAGCUCAGGGAGAAGGAGAUGAAGCUGACGGACAUCCGCCUGGAGGCUCUCAGCUCUGCACAUCAGCUGGACCAGCUCCGGGAGGCCAUGAACCGCAUGCAGGUGGAGAUCGAGAAGCUGAAGGCGGAGAACGACCGUCUGAAGGUGGAGAAUCAAGGCAGCAGGACGGGCUCCCAGGCCUCCAUCUCAUCCUCUCCUCCGCCUCACGCACACAGCCAGGCUCAGGGAACCGGACCGGGGAUCUCCCAGCACAGCCUCAACCUGACCACCAGCGAGUCCACCAGCCUGGACAUGCUGCUGGACGACACCGGCGGAGAGGGAGGGAUGAGGAAGGAGGGCCGGCACGUGAAGAUGGUGGUCAGCCUGGACGAGGACAGCAAGUGGGGCGAGGAGGGCCGACCUCGUCAUUUUCUGAUUGGCUGCAUCGGCGUGAGUGGCAAAACCAAGUGGGACGUCCUCGACGGCGUCGUGCGGCGCCUCUUCAAGGAGUACAUCACCCACGUGGACCCGGUAAACCAGCUGGGCCUGAGCUCGGACAGCGUGCAGGGAUACAACAUCGGAGAGAUCCACCGACCCAGCAUCAGCAGCGCCGCUCACACGCCGGAGCUGCUGCCCUGCGGAUACCUGGUGGGAGACAGCAACACCAUCAACAUCCAGCUCAAAGGCGUGAGCAGCGAGAACGUGGACUCGCUGGUGUUCGACACUCUCAUCCCGAAGCCGAUGCUGCAGCGCUACGUCUCCCUGCUGAAGGAGCACAGGCGCGUCAUCCUGUCGGGCCCCAGCGGCACGGGAAAGACUUACCUGGCCAAUCAGCUGUCUCGACACCUGCUGCUGCUGGAGGGCCGACCUCUGACCCCGCACACCGUCGUCACUUUCAACGUGGACCACAAGUCCAGCAAGGAGUUGCGUCAGUACCUGUCAGGUUUGGCCGAGCAGUGCAGCGGCGUCGCGGGUGCAGAGAGCCCUCUGGUGGUGAUUCUGGACAACCUGCACCACGUCAGCUCUCUGGGAGAGAUCUUCAACGGCGUCUUCAACUGCAACUACCAGCACUGUCCGUACAUCAUCGGCACCAUGAGCCAAGCCACAUCGUCUGCCCCCAACCUGCAGCUCCACCACAACUUCAGGUGGGUGCUGUGUGCCAACCACAUGGAGCCGGUGAAAGGCUUCCUGGGUCGCUACCUGAGGAGGAAGCUGAUCGAGACGGAGAUCGGCAGCCGGACACGCAACAUGGAGCUGGUGAAGAUCAUCGAGUGGAUCCCGCGGGUCUGGCACCACCUGAACCGCUUCCUGGAGACGCACAGCUCGUCUGACGUCACCAUCGGACCUCGUCUCUUCUUGUCCUGUCCCAUGGACGUGGAGGGAUCCAGGGUUUGGUUCACUGACCUCUGGAACUACUCCAUCAUCCCCUACAUGCUGGAGGCUGUACGAGAGGGACUGCAGCUGUACGGCCGCAGGGCUGCGUGGGAGGACCCCGCCGCCUGGGUGAUCGACACUUACCCGUGGUCAGCCACCCCGACUCCAGCUGAAUGGCCCCCGCUGCUGCAGCUCCGCCCAGAGGACGUGGGCUUCGAUGGCUACUCCGCUCCGAGGGAAGGAGUCCGGAAAGAGCCGCCGCAGAGCGACAGCGACGCAGACCCACUGAUGAACAUGCUGAUGCGUUUGAAGGAGGCGGCGACGUCGUCGAGCCCGCAGAGCUACGACAGCGACUCCAACAGCAACAGCCACCAGGACGACAUCCUGGACUCGUCGCUGGAGUCGACCUUGUGAUGCCGUCAGCAACGCGGGGAUCGAACUGUUCUCACUGUGAGAACUCGAAUAGAACUUCAUGCCACAAAAAUCCAGCCACCUUAAUUUGGGUGCAGGUAACCCAAAUAUUUAAAAAGAGGAAAAAAAAAAAGUUCAAAUUUACAUUUCAGAAAACGGGCAACGAGAAGUUUCCACUGCACUGCACUGUUUUUUUGUGUUUGUUUUCACCGCUGUGGCCCGUGGCUCCUCGGUCAGGAGCCUGACAUCUACUUCAGACAGACAGAAUUUAAAAAAGCACACAGCCUGUCACUGUUGCCGAGGCGUCAUUUACCGUCAUCACCAGCCGUCUGCGUACUUCAAAACACACCAGCCGGGACUCCUCCAUCCUCCACCAAGCUGCAGUGUGCCUGAGCCGCCUGUAGAUGGUGAUACAGGCCCUCUCGUCUGUGGAGGAUCAGCAGUCUUCUGCAGGAUGGAUGGAUGGAUGGAUGGAUGAACAGCCAGCUGAUCUCUGCUCUUCUUCCUCCUCUUGCAGCUGAAGUUGCCUGUGUGAUUGCUGGAGGAUAAAUCGAGCCAAAGUGAAUGUUAAGACUCAUCACAAAGAUUCAUUUUGACAUCCUAAACUCGAGAUUUGAACUCCAAAACCAAAAGGAAAGUGAGAAAAUCAAAAGUCAAAACACACAAAAAGAAUGUUCAUGUAUGCAAAUGCAUGACAGAAACAUGGUGACAAGGAUCAGUAGAACAGUCUGUAGGAAUCUCCAAACUCUGGAGACGAGCGCUCAGAUCAGAUCCUGCCUCAUCGCUGAGAAAGUUACUAAAUUCAUGAGUUUUAUUGGCCGAACACAGACAGACUUUUCCUGUCCUUUAACUUCCAGGAGGAACGAGCACUGACUGGGAGAUGAACAUUCACCACGGCUCGAUUUAUCCUCUUAACGUUCACUGCGUCGUCAUGUCAUUUCACAAGAAUAAAAAACAAACGCCUCCACCACAUGGAAAGUUUUGGCUCCAGAUCUUCACGCACAUCGACCCCCCCCCCAAAAAAAAAAAAACAACAGGCUGCUGUAGCACAAAUCUCUUUUUUUGGUGCUGGACCGAAUUUCUACAACAAACAGAAAUGCCUUACUCUUUUUCUAACAGACUUUGUGCAUUAGCUGAUUUUGUUUCUUUUAUUUGUCUCAAUGGCUGUAAAACUUUAAACACAGGGCUCCGGGUCGACUCUCUCGACCUCUCGUCAUAUCAAAAAAACACAGAUGCCGCAGGAUUGAAUGAGAAGCAGCACUUUUUUGGGUUUUUCAAAAAUUGGUAUGCAUGUGUGGACCCCGGUGCUGUGAAGCAGGUGUAAAUUAUCCGGACCACCAGAAAGAAAAGAUGAAAACAUACAGACGUGUUUCGGUGCUUGAAAUCAGAACGUUUAGGAAGACGACGUGUUGGUUUUUAUACCUCAUCCCCUCCUCUCCUGUCCUCUCCUGUCCUCAGCCUGUCUCCACGCUCAUAGUCUGCUUCUUUUUGAUUGUGAUGAACAAACAUGUCAAACUAAUUCAGUGAUCUGUACUAUGAUGUGUAUCUGCUGCUUUGUUUAUAGUCAGAAAAUUAACCUGAGGGUGUAAAGUGUGGUUGAACGGUUUGACAUUUCUGUGGCUUCAAAAAAAUAAUAAUAUUAAUAUUGUACUUUUAAUUUGUUUUAAACUUCCCAGCCUGCCUUCUGGGAAGUGUAGGCGGACGUUUAAAGUGUUUUUGUCAGCGAUCCUAUGCAACACUCAUUCUGAUCUCCAACACCACCCCGAGCGGUUCAACACUGCCCACACGUUCAGCAUGGAACCAGAUUUGUGAAGACUUUUCGGAUUUGUUGCUCGUUCUUUGUCCAUACGUGUGUGUGUGUGUGUGUGUGUGUUUUAUAAAGGCUCCUUGGACGCACAAAGAGACUUUGACUCUCUGGUCUUGUGUGUUAACGCCUGCUCGUCUGUCAGUUUAACACACACACACACACACGAACUCGAUGAAUGUUUAGCCUUCUUUUACUAUGUACAUUUUUUUAUUAUAUGUAACAUAACUUUUGUAAAUAGU